CGGAAACACCACUUCUGGGGAAAUGCUCAUAUUUUCUGCAUGCGGAUUUUAGAAUAUUCGCAUGAAACCUGCUGCAGAUAAUAAAAUUAACACGUUCACCACGUGAAUGAAUAAUCAUAGCGUCACGUGACAGUGUUUUAGUCAUGGCCGACGACUGCAGACGACAGGGGUUCGAACUGGAGAGAAGGAUCUUUGAGUUGGACAGUAAGUGCGCAAGCCUCAGAACCGAGAAACAAGAUGAUGACUAUUUACAGAAUGCUUCUGCGAUACUAGACAAGUUGAAAAGCUUUUACAGACAAGGGGGGGAGAGUAACAGUCUGCCUAAACUGCUUCAGGAUUACACUCAGGUGAUCCUGGACAUCACGUUCUAUGAGGAGAACAAGCUGGUGGACCAGGAGUUCCCGGAGGACUGCUCGCCCUUUAAGAUCCAACAGCUGCUGCAGGACCUCACAGAGCCAGAGGUGCUGGCCGGGAGGCUGUUCCCGGCCCAAGAGGUGCAGUCAGUGCUGGGGCUAGAGGUGUUAGAGUGCCUCUACUGGAGACGUGGAGCACUGCUUUACAUGUACUGCCACACCCUCCACCAACGCAAGCAGUGGAUCAAGAAGAACAAGGCCACUUUCCUCAAGUGUCUUCAGGAGGGGGUGCGCUACCUGAUGAGGAUGCUGCAGGUGAGGAACUCUGUGAAGCUCAAUGACGGGGUGGUGUUUCACGACUCUGCUACCGCCAACUUCCUGGCUGAAGGCAUCUUCUCAGACACCCACCUGUUGACGAUGAUGUACAUCGGGGAGAUGUGUUUCUGGGCUGUGAAGUACGAGGACUGCAGCGUGGAUUCCACGGAACGCAAAGAGGACCGGCUUCACUUCCGGGACAUUGGGACGCAGAUCCUGCACAAAUACGUGCUGGCCUGUGACGGCCCUCUUCAGGGCCAGGGCUGGAACACUGAGAAUGCCAAGGAAAUUCUUAGUAUCUUACAGUGAACCAGGGAGGGCUAUGGGUACAAGUUUCCCUUAGGCACUGAUCUAGGAUCAGAUAAUCAAACCCUGAAUUGUAAUGCUAAGCAUUAAGGGAGAGGGAAUCUGACGGAUCAGUUUCUAGGGUCAACUUUUUCCCGUUCUGAAAGGCUCCGGCUGACUGAGGGGGUGAAGGUUGGGGCAAGGGUAGGUGAAGAAUGAGGGGCUAGGGUAGGUGAAGAAUGAGGGGCUAGGGUAGGGAGGGAUGUUAAUUAAAUUUGAGUCUCCCCGUUCCCUGCAAGAAGCACUUAUCUUCCAGAUUUCAGACUGUUGGUUGGGCAUGUGUUUUGCUCUGAGAAUGUGGUAGAAUAAUAAUUAUAUUAAAAUAAGAUUAUUAACUAAACUAAAAACUAAAAAAAUUGUUUGAAGAUGAAUGAUAAUAUAGCUUGUAAUGAAACAUUGCACAGCAACUGUUUUUAUUUAUUGUUUUAAUUAUUAUUAUUUUGUUAUGUUUUUUUAAAUUAAUUGCAUUUAUAUAUAAAUAUAUAUGGGGGGGAAAAAGUUAAGAUGGGGAAUACACAGAGUUGGUGACUGAAGUAUUCAUGACCAUUUUUGAGUAUGUACAGUUUUUUGUUUGAAACAUCAGCUUUGUAAUAUGCCACCUCUUUUUCUCACUUAUUAAAAAAAAAAAAAAAAAAAACACUGACAAGGAGUAAUGUCCCAGUGACAGGAACUUAGAUCUUUUGAUAGUGUGCAUUUAAAUGCAGAUUCUCUGUUCUUUUUGGAAGAAAAAAAAACAUUUCAUUUGUUAUUUUUAUGUCAUCAUUGAAAAUAAAUAUAUGUUGGUUUAAAA